CGAUUAUUGGGGGAGGGACAGAGACAAUUCAUUCAAAGGCAAAUACUGCGGUAAGGGUAUCAGAGGACCGGUGAUUAAAGAAAAGGGGAUGAUCGCGAUUGCAAUUGAAAGCAAGGAAUUCAUUAUCGCAGCUACAUACACCAUCACUAUCUCCGAGAGAAAAAAUGGUAAGAUCCACCAAAUAUCAAUCUCUAAAUCUUCUGCAAUUUGGCUAGCUGAAACUUUAAACCACCCUCCUCUGGCAAGGGUUGGGUGGGCUGUAUCAAGAUUUGAGGGGUCUUUCGUAACUAAAUUUCAAUGGGAUUCCAAUAGAUAUGGAAACUAUGUUAGAGUUACUGCAGGACAAGAGGGUAGGGUCGGAAGUAUCUUCAUACCUACUGGACCCAACUCAGAAGGCAUUUUUCUCCUUGUCAAAGCCAUCACUGAUGCUAUAAAUCUUAGAGGGGAUAAUGCAUAUAUCCCAGGAGAAGAAAGGGUUGACAAGGAACAAAAAGGGUUUGAGGAGCCUUCUUCAAUGCUAAAUAUGUAUGGAAAAAAGGUAGAAACAACAGAAGAAGGAAUAACUAAGAAAGGUGAAGAUAUGGAAAUGAGGAAGCCUUCAAUUUCUUCUGAGCUGUUAGACUUAGAUAUACAGGAAGCAAAUAUGGUAGGGGACGGAUCAGAUAAGGGCCAGAAACAGCAACAAGAGGGCAGUGAAGAAGAUCAAACAGAAAAACUUUUCCUACCAGUCUUUCAAGCAUACUUUGAUGCUCUCUUUAAAGCAGCGGAGAACCAAAUUAAAGAGGCAUUGGCGAAGAAAGAGUUAUUGGAUAAUCUCAAAAAGGGAUUGCUUCCCAAUCAACAUGGAAAAGCUUUGAGGGCAACAAGGGAAACAAUUAGAAGCAUGGACAUGGUUACCAUGGUAAACUUUGAAGGAGCCAAAUAUCCUGUAUUCAUUUCGUACUCCAAUGCAGAUAAGGAGACAGUGGCAGAGUUCUUAUCAGAGACUUCUAUCACGCAUCAAAUUCUUCAUCUCAUAUGCGAGAACCAAGAGGGAGAUGACGCAGAGGCUAGGGUUUGUAACCUCAGGUCCCAACCUCGGAUCUCCGAUCGCGAUUCAAAGUAGUAGGCAUAUGUGAGAAUCUGGCGGAGAUGAAAAAAAAACGAAGACUGAGCACGUUAUUCGCGACGCCGUCACCUACACUGAGCACGCUCGCCGGAAGAUUGUAACCGUCAUAGUGGUCGUCGUCUAGGCUCUCAAGAGAUAGGCCGCACCCUGUACGGCUUCACCGGCUAAGAGUGGCGUGUGCUGCAAAACUGAUGCAAGAAGACUUACAUUCUGUUCUGCCAUUACCUAAGUCUGUAUUUUCUGGUAAGUCAAAAACUUCAAGCUAAUAGCCAAGAAAGGUAAAGUUCUUUUUUUGUGCUAAUUAAACUUUAUCGCUUCUUACUAUAAACUUUUUUUUGGUCUUAAAUUUCACUAUUUUCCUCUCUAUUGGGCACCAUUGGCACAAAAAUGCUUUCUUUGCUAGUCAUUGUAUUAUUUGUAUAUGCAUCUUGAAUCAUUUUUUUUUGUUUUUGCGGAUUGCUCCUAUCUUGGAGUCUUUUAGCAUUUCCUUCUUUGUAAAGUCUCACUUUGAAGGAGUAUAAUGUGAAAAGUACUUUCAAAUCACUUGAAAGAAGCAAAUGAGGUACUCAUACAGGACUAGGCUAAAAUCAAUUAUGUGUUUUGUUUUGCAACUUCACUGAGGUGCAUAUGACGUUGCUCAUGUUCUAAUGCUUUCUCCUUUUAUUGCAUAUUAGAUUGUAAUGCCGCUGGAUUUCAUUUCAGCUCAAUAUGUUGUGGAUGGGAUCUGCAAACACUGGAAAGGGUUGUACGUGAGGGAGACUUGAUCUUAGAUGGAGAUACAGUUCUGAUGAUUGAUUUUUCGUUAGUUAAUUAUUCAUUUCCAUUGUUGUAGUUUUGCCUUAGUGACAUCGUGAGUGAUGAUGGGUUGUACUU